CUGAUAUUCUUGGAUCCCCAAAAGUCCAUACACAAUAAAAGCAAAAGCCUGAUAGAAAAUAUCUACCCCCGUCGUUCUCUUUAUCUGCAUGUAAGCCUAGAUCUACCUCCGAAUUCUUCCUCAAAAGCUCAACAAGGAAAAGGAAAUAUUUUGUAAGCUUUGUUUAAGGAGCAAAAAUGGCGUAUAGUGGGAGGCCUAAUAGGAGCGACGCUCAUUUGCCGGCGGAGGAAGAGGCGAGGUUGGAAGCUAUGACGAGAGAGUACUUCGAUGAAACGGCUCCAAAGCGCCACACCAAGCCUCAGCGUAGUGAGUAUUCUUCUCAGUAUGUCGAUGCCAUCUCUUCUAACAACAAAAACAACAACAACGAUGUUAUUCCCGAACUCGUCGAGUUCCAACGCCUCGAAAACGAUCCCCAGAAGCUGGUCUACAAUGGAAGAGAAGCGACGGAGGAAUUUGUGGAGACAGAGUAUUAUAAGGAUCUCAACGGUGUUGACAAACAACACCACACGACAGGAACAGGGUUCAUCAAAGUGGAGAAAACUGAUGGCAAAGGCUUCAAGUUAGCACCUGAUUCUGACACCAGCUACCACGCCUCUUGCCAAUCCAACCCAGCCACCAAUGAAUGGAUCCCCACGUUUGAUAACAUGGUAACUCAUGCUUCAGACAAGCCAAACAGAAGCGACAACUAAAGUUGGGAAGAUGGAUGCCAUUGUCUUCAAUAAAAGAUCUAGUUGUUGUUUCAUAUUUUCUUGGAAUGUUAUUGCUAUUUCUUAAAUAAAUUUCAUCGAUGGAUGAUGGUAAUUUAAAUGGCAAAGGUAGCGAGGAAUUUGGAUAGAAGUCCAAAGUUCUUGUCACGGAAUUUAGCCAUUAUAUAUGCUUUCAAUGUUGAACUCAGAACUCAUAUUUUGUUUGGAUCAAAAUAUAUAUAUAUUUUUUAUUGGAUCUAGCCA